UCCGGCUCCCGCACCGCCGGCCGCCUCCCCGCGCCCUCCUCCUCUCCCCUUCCGGCUCCUUCGCUUCUCCUCCUUCUCUCCCGGCCCCGGCUGCCAGCACCAUGUCCGCAGGGGGAGAUUUUGGGAACCCACUGAGAAAAUUCAAGUUGGUGUUCCUGGGGGAGCAGAGCGUCGGAAAGACGUCUCUGAUCACAAGGUUCAUGUACGACAGCUUCGACAACACGUACCAGGCAACCAUUGGAAUUGACUUCUUGUCAAAAACCAUGUACUUGGAGGAUCGUACGGUGCGACUGCAGCUCUGGGACACAGCGGGCCAGGAGAGGUUCCGCAGCCUGAUCCCCAGCUACAUCCGGGACUCCACGGUGGCCGUCGUGGUGUACGACAUCACUAACCUCAACUCCUUCCAGCAGACCUCUAAGUGGAUCGAUGACGUCAGGACGGAGAGGGGCAGCGAUGUUAUCAUCAUGCUGGUGGGCAACAAGACGGACCUGGCUGACAAGAGGCAGAUAACCAUCGAGGAGGGGGAGCAGCGCGCCAAAGAGCUGAGCGUCAUGUUCAUCGAGACCAGUGCGAAGACCGGCUACAACGUGAAGCAGCUCUUUCGACGUGUGGCAUCGGCUCUGCCUGGAAUGGAGAAUGUUCAGGAGAAAAGUAAAGAAGGGAUGAUCGACAUCAAGCUGGACAAACCCCAGGAGCCCCCAGCCAGCGAAGGCGGCUGCUCCUGCUAAUGCAGCCUGACCUGAAGGCUUCCUCCGACACUACUCGCUUGUUGUGUUGCUUCCUAUUGGUUAGCUUCCUAAGGGGGGGUGGGAAACGAGCUUAUCCAGAUGGGAGGAUUUUUCUUUUCUCUCUGUCUCUAGGAGUAGGUUGGGGUGGGGAGGGAGGCUGGGCAUCAGGGAUCACGUCACUCUUAACAGCUGUUACUCAAACAACUAUUUUUUGGUUUGGUUGUAAUAUAUUGUACUUUAUUAAGAUUGCCAAAAACGGUUAAAAUUUAAAAAAAAAAAUUUAAAUCAUGUGUAUACAACUUUUUGCCAGAUAAAAAUGUAGUCAUUUUUAUUUGAAAGAUGUGCUUUUUUGUUUUUGUAUAUUUGUAAACUUACAGAGAACCUUUUCCACACACCUCCUCCUUCCUGUCCUCUUUCAACUGUUCAUUGACUCUGCCCUCCUCCCACCCCCCAGCCCAAUAAACUAAAACAUUAACUGAGCAACCUAAUUAGGCUCCAAUCCUGGGCCAUCCUGCCCUGACCAACCAGGUCCCACCAAACAGGUCCUGCUAGUACCUGGUUAAAUCAAACACUGAACAAAACAGCUUCUGAGGAGGCAGCUCUGACCGUGUCCUCCUUCCGUGGCCAGAAUGGACACCAGGCAUGGCCCGAGCUGACAUUAAGGUCUCCUGGACAUCAGGGAGCCCGGCCCCAGGCCCCACUGCAGUUAUGUCUGUUCUCCCUUCCCCUCCGAGAAGCCUUGAAGGCGGGCAGGGCAGGGCACUUGCCACAGGCACCCUGGUGUUCUCUGUGGCCCGCUCAGUGAUUGGCAGAGCAAGAGGUCCCUGGAAGGAAGGACGGGGUGCUGUUGGCAACUGUGGGUCAUGUUGAUGUGUGGUUGGUUCGUAGACUUGGGGCACUGUGCGUACUUCUGAAAAUGUUUUAACCACCCGGCCCAGCGUUCAGCACACAUAUCUGGGCUGAAUCUAAGGGAAGAGCAAAGAGACUCAUUGUGUGGCCUCAGGGAGUGUUGUCUGCAGAACCACCACCUUGAAGACCCAUGUCCUCAGGUCUCGGUUGCUAAUACUGUUGAGUGCUGUUUUGGAAAAGCUGGCUUCUUGAUGUGCUUUGCCCCACUGGCGCGGUGCAGUUGGGUGCGCAAUCUUUUGCUGAUGUCGUUGCCUGAGAGUAGGGCUGCGGUGGGGUCUCUCUGCCCAGACCUUUGCCAUUUUUGACUCAUUUCUGCGAAGGGCUAAAUCUGAGCACCUGUAAAAUCUCUGAAGAGAACUCUCUCUUCUCACCAAGUGAUGUAACCCACUUGGCCUGUAUUCCAAAUAGACACAGACUCACCAACCCCGAGCCUGAGAAAAAGCCAGGCAGUGAACAGCAGCUCUGGCCAAAAAACUAAACCCCGCCCUCCAAGCUGGCGCUGACUUCCUCCAGGCUGCUGUUGGGCAUGUCCUAGGUGAGCUAAAGGGCCAUCUGGGGUGUGAAUUCCUCCACAAAGCAGUGCUCAAACAAGUGAUUGCAAUGAAUCUUGGAACUUCUCAGAAACGAAUCCAAAAUGGCAGCCAGUAAGGGCAGCGAAACCUGGCAGGACCCACUGCUGUUUGUCCAGUGGGCCUGCCACACAUGGUCAGCUAAGGAGAUGGAGCGUCAGAGCUGGUCUUUAAAGAGAAAUUUAUCUUCAGGUGGAGAAAAGAAGGAGCAGAAUUCCCGCUGAGCUCCUCUUCCUAAAGGCAAAGACCAACGUACGAACGUAAUUCCAGUGUCGUGUGUUUAGUUUUUAUAUGUGUGUACAUAAUUAUAUAUAGAGAUAGACUUGUGUAUACACCUUCCACACACAUUCCCACAGAGGUACAUGUGCUCAGCGUAUACUCUUGUUCUUCCUGCUCUCAAGUUGGAACUUGCGUUGUGAUAACAGUUUUGAAAAUUCAAAAGUACUGCGACGUGUUGAAAUAAGAAGUACUUAAUAUUGUCAAAAAACUUGUGAUUGUCUUGCCAUCAAUAAAAUAAUUACAUAGAUGUGUUAAACUACAGGCAAAAAUAGCCCACGGGAAUAUGUGCACCAUUUCUCCUUCUAUGUACUCAUAUGCACGGGUGUGCAUGCCUCGUGGGCCAGCACCCCCCACCAUGGCACACCCCCAAGUGGUGCUCGUUGGAAGAGUGCUUACUUACCUCGUGAGAAUUUACAAGAGCCCAUGUUACAGCAUCCGGCCUGGGUGGCAGCGCGGGCCAUUGCUUGUGGCCUCUGGGACAGCCCCCAUUUGCAGGGAUCUGCCCUGGGUCUCAGUGGAAUGAAUGUACGGUGGAUUUUUAUUUUCUUGGUACUAAAGAGUAGCUUUUCUUAAAACAUUCCUGUAAAGAAAAAAAGUAGAAACUCAGUUCCUUUCUCAUGUGCACACGUGUCCAAGGCACCAUGAACUCUGUUCCAUCACAGCCUACACACAGGUGGGCAACGGAUGGAGCAGGAAGAGACACAGUAAAGACUGUUUGCUUUUUUUUUUUUUAAUAUAUUUUAUUGAUUUUUUUACA